CUCUCAUGGAGUUACAGGUACUGGCCAAACAAUAAGAGCAGGAUGUAUCUGCUGGAAAACACAGGAGAUUUUGUGAGGGCCAAUGGACUCCAGGAAGGAGACUUCAUUGUCAUCUACUCAGACGUCAAGUGUGGCAAAUAUAUGAUACGAGGAGUGAAAGUACGGCAACCAGCUGGGCCGAAAUCCGAGAGCAAAAGGGCAGGAAAAUCGCAGAGAAACCAGCAUGGAGCAGCAGCUGCAGCAACCAAUCCAGCUGGAGCAAAUGUUGCGUCAUCUUCACCCACCGCGCACAAAAAGCAGUGAGAUAUGCCGAAGCAAUAACAUAACAAACCCCCCCACAGCAUGCCACUUCUCUUUCAUGCAAAAAGAUGAAUGGACAAAUGGACGGCCAGGAUAUUAUGGAGUUGUUGGAUUGCAGCUACCCCGCCCUUGAUUCCUUCUCAGUCAAAAAGCCUCCACUUCUUCCGAGAGAGUAAUGAGGAGUACUAAAUAGGCACGCUUUUACUGUGGUUGGCUGGCUCAGUCGGUGCUCGAUCGGCUCUAGGUUUUAGAUGUUAAUUAGGUGUAUGAUUUCCAUAGUAUUUCCAUAGCUGUAUGCUCAAAGGCGUGUGUGUGUUAAUUAUUUGUGUAUGCUCAAAGGGGUGUGUGUGUUAAUUAUUUGUGUUGGGGUCCAUCAAGUUCACAAUAUUGUACUACGUACACUUGUUUGAAGUUGCCAUUCAAACUUAAUUUGGUAUUGCUUCAUAGAAACAUAUAUAUAAGAAUGGACCAUGUUGUAAUCUAAUUCGGCUCUUCGAUCA